AUGGCAAAUCCAACUGCAGGCUGUGCGAGUACUAUUAGAGAGGUGGUAAAUGAAGGCUAUAGCGACAUAAGACAUAUUGGUACCGCUUUACAGAAACAUGAUCAAUCUGAAGAGCACAAAUUCGCGUCGUUAAAAUUAAAAUUACUAGGAAAACGAAGUCAAACUAUACAAAAUUCUCUUAAUUCGGCUUAUCGUGAAAAUAUUUUAAAGCAGAAUGAGAUAAUUAAAGAAAAUAGGGACAUUAUUAGACGUUUAAUCGACAUGAUAAUUUUCUUGGGUACACAGGAACAAGCAUUACGGGGACAUGACGAAUCACAAAAUUCUCUUAAUCAAGGGAAUUUCAAAGAGUUGGCAAAUUUAUUAUCAAAAUUUGAUGAUAAAUUUAAAAAAUUUUUGGAUGAGUCUUCAGUAUUUAGCGGUUUGUCUAAAACCAUUCAAAAUGAUUUAAUUGACAGUAUCAACAAAAUUAUAUCACAAAUAAUAUCAGCAGAAAUUAAACAAUCACCUUGCUUCUCCUGGCAGGUCGAUGAAACCACUGACAUCCAGUGUUUAUCGCAAUUAUCCGUAAUUUUUAGAUACGUAACAAACGGUAAAAUUGUAGAACGUUUUAUGGGAUUUUUCAAUGAUUUUGAUCUUGCAAAUAAGUUAAUAGGACAAACGUAUGAUGGAGCAUCUGUUAUGUCAGGGGAACUGAAUGGUUUACAAUCAAAAAUAAAAAAUGUUGCUUCUCAAGCACUUUUUAUACAUUGUUAUGCCCACAGAAUGAAUUUAAUUUUACAAGACUCUGCCACUUUUUUUUCAAAAUCUACUAAACGUACCAAAGUUUUGGACGAAGUGGGUACCGCACGAAUACCUAGUGGUUCAGAUACGCGAUGGAAUUACAAAUCUCGCACAAUUAAUGUAAUUAUUAAUGAAAGAUCCGAAUUGUUGGAAGUAUUUGAAUAUAUUUUAAAUAGCGAUGAGUUUUCUAGAGAUCAGGAGUCUAUCAGAGCGGCAGUUGGAUUCAAAAACAUGAGACUAUAUAAGGAAAUAUUAGAUUUAAUUAUGAAUCAGAUUGAUAUUAGAUUUAAAGAUUUAGAGUUUUUAGCUUUUUUGGACUUACUAGAUAAAAGUAAAUUUACUUUAUUUAAAAAGAAGUUUCCUCACGAUUUAUUAGAUUUGUUCUUAAAGACUUAUCCAAAAUUAUUCAUAAAGAAUAUAUUACAAAAUGAACUACAGGUCUGGUAUUCCGAUCCAGACAUAUUUGGUAAUUCAUCUAAUUAUUCAGACAUUACAGAAUUUGUUUACACAAAUGAGUUACAAAGUGAUGUUCCAGAAAUUUAUAAAUUAUUAUGCGUUGCAUUAUCAUUACCAGCUAGUUCUGCGUCGGUGGAAAGGAGCUUUUCUACUCUUAAGCGCAUCAAAACAUUCAGUAGAAACUCUAUGGAUCAGUUUCGAUUAAGUAAUUUGGCAACAAUCGCUAUUGAAAGGGGUUUAGUAAAAUAUUUGCAAGAUAAUUUUGAAACUUCGAAAUUUUAUGAUAAUGUUAUAGACCAUUUCGCCCUCAGUAAAAAUAGACGAAUUGAUUUAAUCUACAAGCAGUAG